AUGCAAACUAUUACAUAUCUUCCCAUUGCUGCUCUUACAAUAUUACUAAUCGAAGGUAUAUUUGGGAACUCCGUUGGAAAGGUUUCGUGUCCACAUGACAAACCACAAGCAAAUUGCAUUGUGAAUCCUUGCUAUGUAUCAAAAUGUCCAGGAGAUAAGAAAGCUAGAUGCAUUCCUAACUAUUGCGGUGGAUGCAUUGCAGUGUGGUACGCACAUAAUGGUAAACAGGCAAAAUGUCAAAAAAAUCCUACAUGUCCACCUGGUCAAACCCCAGUUAAAUGUCUGAAAGAUCCAUGUCAAGGAGCAAAAUGUCCAGCAUAUCCUAAUGCUAAAUGUGUCUCAAACUAUUGCGGUGGAUGCCAUGCUAUAUGGUAUAAAACUGAUGGUACUCCAGUAAACUGCAAUAAAUCACCUUCAUGUCCACCUGGUCAGACUGAAGUUAAAUGUGUGAAAGAUCCAUGUCAAGGAGCAACAUGUCCAUCAUAUCCUACCGCAAAAUGUGUCUCAAACUAUUGCGGUGGAUGCCAUGCUCUAUGGUAUAAAUCUGAUGGUACUCCAGUGAACUGCAAUAAAUCAUCUCCAUGUCCACCGGGUCAGAAUGAAGUUCAGUGUCUGAAAGAUCCAUGUCAAGGAGCAAAAUGUCCAGCACAUGCCAACGUUAACUGUGUCCCGAACUAUUGUGGAGGUUGCAAGGCUGAAUGGUUCACAUCCAAUGGAAAACAAGUACAAUGUGUCAUUACUAAUUAA